AUGGCUCUUAUCGGACGAGCGCAUGGAUUCGAUAUUCCAAGUGUACUAUUCUACACCCGCAAGUGGGGGCCUUCGCCCCGGACGGUUCUCAGCAUCAUGUACGCUCUACGCCACCGCGGGAUAACGGAGAAAGAAAACGUCGAACACACGCUUGAGCGGGACGCUGAAAUGGCGGCUGAACGGAUCCACUCCACGGAUUUCUCAGCCUUCCGUUUGUUCAACCUCGGCUUCCUCUCCGCCGAGGAUCGUGACUCGCAAGACUUGAAAGUCCACUUCACGCUCUUCUUCGUCCGCCCGCCUCAUAUUUCGCAAGAUCGCGAGUUCCAUCUGGUGCCACCACUGCACGCGCCGGAUAUCCCGACUAGAUAUCUGCGCGAUAUCUUCGAUGCGGUGCGGGAGAGAAUGCGUGUACGUGCGCGUGGCGAUUUUAAUAGCGAGGAGAGUUUCAGGCGCAGGGAGAAGAAAUUGGAUUGCGCGCUGAGGUCGGGGAAGCAGAGGAAGCGGAGAAGAUUGUGGCUCUGA